AUGGAGUUCCUCGUGCCAGCGUUCCAAAGCCUCUGCGCGUCGGGCGUGCUGCAGCGUCAAGCACCCGACGAGACGUGCUUGGAGCGGCAGAUCCGUCGCCUGCGUCUGCGUCUCGACACGGACAACGUGUUGCCGCUCGACGUGGUGCUGGAAAGUGCAAACAUACGUCUCGAGGAGCUCGAGACCGAGAUGCGCAAGCGCGCAACGCCUAUCGAGUGGGUCAUCACGGCCUACCGCCCAGCGACGACCGACACGCGCUCGAGCACGCUCGAACCAUGCCCACGUGCGGAGCCAGCGCUGCGUCAGCCGACAGGGUCUGACGGGCCUGUUCGGUACCUGGUCGGCGACGCCGAAGACGCUGUGGCCUUUCGCGUCACGGUCCCUGCCGAGCCACCGCAGUUUGGCCCACCGCCCGAGCGUGUCCCACUGAAGUGGGCGACGGCCGUGGCCGCGUCGACGCCGAGCCCGCCGCCGUCGUUGAAGCCAAAAGCACCGGCGCAGCCCGCGACGCGCGUGGCGGCCCGGAAGAUACAUGGCACGGCUUCUACGACAGCGCCAAAGAGUGUCAAGUCCCGCAGCCUCGUCGCCAAGAAGGCCGCCAGCAUCGGCCGGCGUCGGGCCGACCUCUGA